AUGGAACAUGAUGGAGACUCCCCGCCUUACUGGACCCAACCCCCCACCUCGCCCUUCCGCCAACGCCGCCGUCAACCACCGUCUCCUAUCAUCAAUCCGGUGGUGCUUAUCCUACUCGUUCCCAUCCUUGCUAUCCUCGUUAUAUUCUUUCUAGUCCCUCCCUUUCUUUCGCAUACGACGCAUUUUCUUAGGCCCGGUUCCGUUAAGAAGAGCUGGGAUUCACUAAACAUAUUGCUGGUAGUUUUUGCUAUUCUUUGUGGUGUUUUUGCACGGAGGAACGACGACGUUUCAGCCGCCGACAGCGCAGGCGUUGAGCGGGAUGUUCCGAGAGUUUCUGCGGUUGAAUAUUCUGGUCGGAAAGUGUAUGAUUCCGGUCAAACCGGGGUGCCGGAAACUGGCAAUAGCCGGCUACGGAGGAGCAGUAGUUCGUAUCCGGAUCUGAGGCAAGUGCAGGGGUGGGAAACCGGCGAGAAUCGGUACCGGUUUUUUGAUGAUUUUGAAGUGAAUUUGUAUCGAUCGGCGGCGGCGGAGUACGAUCGCCACCGUCAACGCCGGAGUGAAGUGGAGAGAGAGGAGACUGGUAUUAAAGUGAUCCCUGUGGAUACGGUUGAAAUUCGCAGUUCUCCUCUUCCGCCUGCCUCGCCGUCGCCACCGCCUCCACCUCCGCCGCCACCGCCAAGGACGAGGUUGAAACGGAGAAGAUCCCUGCAUAUUGUUCCGCGGAAGGAAAAAGUUGAAAAGCAGAGUAAUGAAAGAGCAGAGGAGUUUGUUGAAAGCCGGCCCCCUGCUCCUCCUCUUCCCACGCCACCGGCACCGCCACCUCCACCUCCGCCGCCGCCGUCCACCGUGGCAAUGCCAAUCCCGAUAAGAUCAGAGGAAAAUAUACGGAAACUUCAUAGAAAAAAGAGCGGCGCGACGAAGGAAAUAGCAACCGCUAUAGCUUCUCUAUACAACCAGACGAAAAGGAAAAAGAGAACAAAAACAAAAAGCAUCUACGAGAGCGCUUCUGAUGACUCUCCGCCGUCGAGUUCACCUAUACCGCCACAAACGCCUCCUCCACCACCACCUCCGCCUCCUCCGCCGUCCAAGGUUUUUCAGAACCUAUUCAAAAAGAGCAGCAAAAGUAAACGCGUGCAUUCUGUUUCUUCAAUAGCUGUUCCCUCGCCACCUCCUCCUCCUCCACCGCCUCCACCAAAAUCAAUUUUCAAUAAUUUAUUCAAAACAGGAAGCAUAAGCAAGCGUUUUAGCCAUUCAUCAUCAACUCCUCCACCACCUCCUCCCCCGCCUCCGCCUUCUUCAAUUCUCAAUUCUAUAUUAAAAACUGGAAACAACAAAAGCAGGCGAUUCAAAUCAGUAAACUCAACUUCAACUUCAACUUCAUCUCCUCCUCCCCCACCUCCUCCACCACCAUCAACACAAGCAUUAUCAAGUCGCAAAACUUCAUCUGAACCACUACAUCGCCCUUCAUCCGCCGCCAGAAAACCGCCAAUCUCGUCGAGAACUACAAGGAACUACUACGACGAGAAUUUGAAUAGCGGCGCGCAAUCGCCAUUAAUACCGAAGCCUCCGCCGCUGCCGCCGUUUAGAAUGCCGGAAAACAAAUUCGUGGCUCGCGGAGACUUCGUUCGAAUCCGGAGCAACCACAGCUCCCGGUGUAGCUCACCGGAGAUCGAAGACGUCGAUGUAAUGUCAGUGAAAUCGGAGCAGACCGACGGUGAGGAUGCAAUCGGACCGCCGGUUUAUUGCCCUAGUCCGGACGUUAACUCGAAAGCGGAUAAAUUCAUCGCCCGGCUCAGGGACGAGUGGCGGUUGGAGAAAAUGAAUUCGUUGCGGGAAAAGCGAAAGUUGGUGUGA